AUAAUGAGUGACUUUAUGUAUGUGUAAUAUUAUCAUACAGUAUGUCAAUCACACACAGUUCUUGUCAUGUUCUCCAGUCUCAGCAGCUUCAUCAUCUCUUCUGGUCACUGGUGUGGUUGUGGGAUUGAGUGUUUUCCUGUUGAUCUUCAUCUCACUGGUGCUGCUGUGGAGAUACAAGAAGAACAAAGAUCAGCAGCGUAACAUUAACCAGACAUCAGACCCAAAUCAAUCUGCAGAAUCUCAAACAGAAAACUCUCCUCUACAGUCUGCAGGUUCUGCUCACAUUUAUGAUGUUGUGACUGAAAUGAAUAAGAGAGACAAAGAUGAUCCGAAGCCAUUGGCAGACGUCACAUAUUCAGAGGUCACUGUUAAGAAAAAAAAGGACAAAGACGAUACCGCAACAGAGCCAAAUAAUGUGACAUACUCAGAAGUCAGAAGAAAUGAAAAGAAAUCCAAAAGCAAAGAUAUUGAUACUGCAGGACCCAGUGAUCUGGUUUAUGCACAGAUCGAUAUCAAGGACAAAAAGAAAACCAAGGGCAAAGGUGCUGGAUUUUGUGGAUUUCUGAUGGAAAUGAAAUCUAAGGACAAACACAGAGGGAAAAGCAGUGAGUCUGGAGACACUUUCUACUCUGAACUGAAGCACAACACAGACAGAGGUGCUGAUGCUGGUGAUGCAACUUAUGCUCAACCUAUUAGGAAGAAGAACAAAACACGUCCGUGAGUGCAGUGAAGACAACAGACGGUUAAAGGAGAUUCACACCAGCAGAAACAGUAACGCUUGCAUUGCUUAACAAAUUAAUCUGAGUGAACUGCUUAUGCACAUGCUUGAUUGAAAGACUUUAGAGAUACAUAUUGACCGUAUUAUCUGCACACAUGUAAGCACACAAAUGUAUCUAUAUUGUAUAAUAAAACAUCUUCUCCAGUGAGCUCUUAUGUUUAACACAAGUGAAACUGCCUGAAAUAUUAUUACAUUAAUUGCUGUGCAGCAUCAAUAGAAUUAAAUAAAUGUUAAUUGGGCACUUUGUUGAUAAGAGUUAAAUACAAUGUGUUCAUUGUCUUAUAAAAUAAUGCCUGAUGUGUUUUUGCCAAGACAACAAGACAGAAUGAGAUUAUAUUUGUUGCAUGAAUAUAUUUUCAUAUAUACUUCUUUUUACAAUCAUAUACUUUCAGAUAUUUCAUGUUUUUCAUAUAAAAAAAGUAUAUGCUAUUUCUUGCUACAGUUAAUGAAGUGUGAGAUUUAUAUUCGCUAAAUAAAU